UCAGAAAACCUUAGUGACAUUGCAGAAUGAGAAAGGAUGAAUUUUUUGCAAGACAUUAAAAACAUGAUCCAGGACCAUAACACAGGAGAUAUAAUUAUCUAACUCCUGAUUGACAUGAUUAUUUGCACUGGGGAACUUUUACCUUGAGCGUUUGUAGGGGCAAAGAAGAAGGGGAAUAAAAAUUAAUACUUGAAGUGUUAACUGUCUUCAAGAUAAAUAUAAUUGUCAGUGUCUCCAGGCUUUUAGUUCCCUCCUCUUUCCACACCUCCCCCUUUCCCUCCUGUUCACUUUUCACUGCCUGCUCUCAGUGCUAGAAGGCUGGUUGACUACAGAGCUGGGAUCCACAGAACAGCACUGUCAAAAACCAGGCUGGAGGCGGAACAACUGGAAGGCGGAGGCGCUAAGAGGGACGAAUGAAGUCUCAGUAACAGAUCAGAGCAGCUUCCUCCAAAGCUGCAGCUGCUGUGCCCAGCCCAGAUGUGCAGUGGAGCAACAGCUAACGGGAGCGCCGGAGCAGGUGGCAAGGAUGGAGGCGCCUUUCCGCUGCCGGUCCCCAGCUGCUGGGGCGGCCAAUGAAAUGCCGCUGAACAGCGGUUCUCUACUCUCCUUAGACUCCAGCGUAUUCUGCAGCGAGGGAGAAGGAGAGCCCCUAGCUCUAGGGGACAGCUUCACGGUCAACGUGGGAGGUAGCCGCUUCGUCCUAUCCCAGCAAGCAUUGUCCUGCUUCCCACACACGCGACUGGGGAAGCUGGCCGUAGUGGUGGCGUCCUGCCGCCACCCCGGUACUCUGGCCGCAGCCUCCAGCACCCUGGAGCUCUGCGACGAUGCCAACUUGGUGGACAAUGAAUAUUUCUUCGACAGGAGUUCCCAAGCUUUCCGCUACAUCCUACACUAUUACCGUACUGGCCGGCUGCACGUCAUGGAGCAGCUGUGUGCGCUCUCCUUCCUACAGGAGAUCCAGUACUGGGGCAUCGACGAGCUGAGCAUCGAUUCCUGCUGUAGGGACAGGUACUUGAAAAGGAAGGAGUUGAGUGAGACUUUAGACUUCAAGGAUGAUACUGAAGACCAGGAAAGUCAGCAAGAGAGUGACCAAGAUUUUUCUCAAGGACUCUGCCCUACUACUCGACAGAAGCUCUGGGACAUUUUGGAAAAACCAGGAUCUUCCACGGCUGCCAGGAUCUUUGGAAUUAUUUCCAUCAUUUUUGUGGUCGUGUCCAUUGCCAACAUGGCCCUGAUGUCUUCUGAGCCAAGCUGGCUGGACAUGCAGCUAUUGGAGGCCCUGGAGUACCUGUGUAUUACUUGGUUCACUGGGGAGUUUGCCCUACGCUUACUCUGUGUGAGGAACAGGUGUGGCUUCUUAAGGAAGGUGGCAAAUAUCAUUGACCUCUUGGCCAUCCUCCCCUUCUAUAUCACUCUGUUGGUGGAGAGCCUAAGUGAAAGUGAAACCACACAAGAGCUGGAAAAUGUGGGGCGCAUCGUGCAGGUUUUGAGGCUGCUCAGGGCUCUGCGCAUGCUAAAACUGGGCAGACAUUCAACAGGAUUGCGGUCACUAGGAAUGACACUCACUCAGUGUUAUGAAGAGGUUGGUCUGCUCCUCCUAUUUCUCUCUGUGGGCAUUUCAAUAUUUUCAACUGUGGAAUAUUUUGCUGAGCAAAGCAUGCCAGGCACAACCUUCACAAGUGUGCCCUGUGCAUGGUGGUGGGCAACAACAUCCAUGACUACUGUGGGUUAUGGUGACAUCAGGCCAGACACCACCACAGGCAAAAUCGUGGCCUUUGUGUGUAUACUAUCGGGGAUACUUGUUUUGGCCUUGCCUAUUGCUAUUAUUAAUGACCGCUUUUCUGCCUGCUAUUUCACUCUGAAGCUAAAGGAAGCAGCUAUUCGACAGCGUGAAGCCUUGAAGAAAUUGACAAAGAAUAUAGCCACGGACUCCUAUAUCAGUGUUAAUUUGAGAGAUGUUUAUGCCAGAAGUAUCAUGGAAAUGCUCCGAUUGAAAGGCAGAGAAAGAGCAAGUACUAGGAGCAGUGGGGGAGAUGACUUCUGGUUUUAAAUCUACUUUCAGUAUAUUUUCAAAAAGCUUGUAUGUAAUUGGCAAGGUUAAUGAAACAUUGAUGUACAUGUCUGCAAAUGUUAAGAUGAUUAUCUUGUAGCAUUUACUGUUUUAAUUUUUCCAACUUGUUUCCUUGAUGUAUCAGAAUAUUUUAUAUCCUAAAAGACAAACAGAAAUAUUCAAGGUGACACUAAAGCUAUUUUUCAUUUUUGGAUCUCAAAACAACCAAAGCAAUUGAUACAUCAAAAUGAAAUCUCUCCAGUGACAAAUGUGUGGCAGGUUUCUAAAUAUGUGCAGUAAUAAAACUAUGACAUGGGGAGCAUUAAGGAAGUGAUUAUGCCUCCAAACUCAAUUUAUAAAGGAAUGAUAAUUAAAAAAAUUUUCAAAAGUUU